UGAACAGUCGUGAUUUGCGCUCCGCUCUCCGAUUUAUUUGUUUGAGAUUCUACUUUUGUGACUUAAGUUUCGCAUACAUAUUGGCUCAUUGGAUUUUACGGUACGCUUGAAAUUUUAGGCACGUCCCCAAAAAAACGUUAAUGAAAAAUCCAACUAAGUGAACGAUUAUAAGUUUCCUGUUUACCAAAUAGCAACGAUCCCAAGGAGCGGCAAAUCAAGUUUGGAUUUAACGCUUUUCAUACUCUAAUGCGCUUGCAAUUAGUUUAAGCAAACCAGCAAACAGCUUAAAACAACUGCGCAGAGAAUGGCAACACAAAUUCGAAUUUCGAUUGCCUAGUCGUGUUGUGAAUCCCAGUUGCGUGAAUCGACUGCUUACGUAGAACAACCUAUUAAGUAACAACCAGAUUCUUAUCGGAUCGGAAAAAUAAAACAACGAGAUGAGCAAGUUACAUGUGAUUGUGCAUCCCGUGAAGAAGGAGUUCCAGCGGAAAAGCUGCGGAUUCGACCAUGAUACGCCCGAUGAUUUUGUCAAGUCACAGUGGCAGUCGUGUACGAAGAGUAUGGCGUAUUUGUUUUAUCGCUGGUUCAUGGCUCUGUUUUUUGUAAUCGUGGUAAUUAUCUCGAUGUGGCCAGAAUCGGAUGAUGAGUCGAGUUAUUGGUUGUACUUUAUCUACAUGACCAACUGGGGAAUAUGGAUGUGCAUGCUAACGAACGUGUUGGGUGCAAUUCUAGUCACUAUUUGGCAUUAUCAUCCAGAAUAUGCGGAUAAACUCCUUAAUAUAAAGAGUUCCUUCAGCUAUUUUCGGUUGUAUUGGGGAAUGCACAUCAUAACACUGGUUCUAUCAAUUGUAAUCACAAUCAUCUAUUGGUCAAUUCUUUACGAUGCCAACGAAAGCGCUUUGGACGCCACGAAUGUACUCACUCAUGCAUUCAACUCGAUUUGCAUGUUCAUCGAUCUGUGGAUUGUGGCACAUCCGAUGAGGUUGCUGCAUAUAUUUCUGCCAGUUUUAUUCGGAGUUGUGUUCGCUGUAUUUUCAUAUAUCUACCACCUGUGCGGCGGCAUUAACAAGAAAGGGAAGCCCUACAUCUAUCAUGUGAUUGACUGGAGCAAGCCAGAAAAUGCCUUUGUCACGGUUGUUGGCGUACUACUCCUAUCCUGUUGCAUCUACGUCCUGCUUUUUGUGUUCUUCAAACUCCGAUCAUUCCUUUAUCGACGCUGUAAAAAUGCAAACUUUGUUCUGCCCACCAGUUCGAAAUCGAAUGGUCAAACCAAUGGACUGGAUGACAAGUCCGGAAAUGGAAUUCAACACUCGCCCUCUCGCAUUUCAAUGGUUUUGGGCAACUUUACAGGCUAUGAAAAUCAGGCUUUUUCGCCCACUGGUGAACUCCCGAAUAAAAGCUAAUACUUCGAACUAUUUAGACUAUUUAGCAUUUAGAGAAAUUAAUUUGUAGAAUUUACAACCAGUGAUAUUAUAUUUUAUUGUUUUGUGUUAAGUAAAUAAAUUCGUUCUGUGUAGAGUUGUUGGUGAACGGCUCCUUGAAAAUAA